AUCUCACGUCAUACGUCCAGGAACGGCCCUGUACGAAAGUACGAUGUGAGAUGUAAAAAAAGCUAAAAAUUCGAUUUCUCUUUAUAUAAACUUAUGUAAUUAUGGGUAUUAAAAGUUAAUAUCAAACGUUCUUGAAGAAGCUACCGUGAAUACAUUAAGAAACUGGUUUGUUUUUUCUAGUUGAUUUCAUUGAAAGACCUUGAUUUUGUGGACUUAUAUAGAAAUGACACACCAAAACAACAAGCUUGUAUUUUACAUUCAGAAUAAGUUUUGUAGUUUUACUGGAAACUUAGGCAAAGAUAAAUGAACAAUUAAAUUUGCGUCUGUUAAAUUAAACAACCUAUAUAAUCGAAAAUGGAUUUCAUUAAUUUGAUCGGUAUAUUUAUAUUUCAUCAAUUUGUGCAAGUAUCAGCUGAUUCAUCUAUCAUUGAUAAAUGUAGAGAUGUUGUAUUUACAUGUAACUGUGGAAAUCCAGGAUAUUCAUUUCAGGCAGCUUUUAAGCAAUGUCAUUACUGGAUUCCGAGAGAAGAGGCAUGUACAAAAUUUCAACAUUGUUUAGAAUGUGAUCCAGGUAGCAAUACCUGUGCCACUUGCCCGCCAAAUCGUUAUGGAAGAUAUUGCACUGGAACUUGUUCUUGCAAAAGCGGAGAAAGGUGCGAUAAAGAAACAGGAGAAUGCAUAUGUAAAAGUAGUAGUUGUGGUGGAGUUGCAAGUGUAGCAACAACAGAAGAUAAGUUUUGCCCUCGGAUAGAAAUUCUUCGUGGUAAAACAGAAUAUGUAAUAUCUGGAACAAGUGGACAAACUCCAGUGGGAUCUUUUCCAUCAAAUACAAUAAUUCGAUAUUCUUGUAAUUCAUUUUAUGAAUUAGAGGGAAGUUCUCAAAGAUUAUGUAAAUCGGAUGGUCAAUGGAGUGGAAUAGAUCCAAGAUGCAAACCAGAAUGUGGUAUUUCAGCUGAUAAAGUACCAUCUAUCAUAAAUGGUACAAAGGCAAGUUUAGGAGAAUGGCCUUGGCAAGUAGCACUCGCUUACACUGGAUCGGCUUUUAUAUUUUGUGGAGGAACAUUACUUUCAGAAAAAUGGAUAGUAACUGCAGCACAUUGCGUAACAAAAUCUAAUACUACAUCUGCCCAACCUAACUCCGCUUUUAAAGUAUUUUUUGGCAAGCUUUAUCGUCAUACGUCUGGCCAUACAGUUCAAGAAAGAGAUGUUGAAAGAUUAAUAAUUCAUGAAAGUUUUAACGCCGUUACACUUGACAGUGAUAUAGCUCUAAUGGAAGUGAAGCCGUUAAUAUUAACCCAAUUUGUUCGGCCUGUUUGUUUAACAACAAAUGGCAUCAGUCAAAGAAAUCUUGAAUAUGAAAGAAUAGGAAUAGUAACCGGUUGGGGCAAGGACGAAAAAGGAAAAAAUUCUGAUAUCCUUAAAGUCACAAAUUUAACUGUAAUAUCUAGAAGAAGUUGUAGAGAAUCUAAUAAUUUGGAAAUAACAGAAAAUAUGUUUUGUGCCGGUACACCAGGCGAUAGACCUACGACAGAUGCAUGUACCGGUGACAGUGGUGGACCAAUGGUAUUUCCAGUACAAAGUGAAGGAAGAAUGAGAUGGUAUUUAGAAGGUAUUAUUAGUUGGGGAGCUUCAGAAGGAUGUGCAACACCAAAUAGGUUUAGUGGUUUUACAAAGGUUUCUCAGUUUAUAGAUUGGAUUCAUUUAUAUAUAACGGAAGUAACCGGUUGGGGCAAGGACGAAAAAGGAAAAAAUUCUGAUAUCCUUAAAGUCACAAAUUUAACUGUAAUAUCUAGAAGAAGUUGUAGAGAAUCUAAUAAUUUGGAAAUAACAGAAAAUAUGUUUUGUGCCGGUACACCAGGCGAUAGACCUACGACAGAUGCAUGUACCGGUGACAGUGGUGGACCAAUGGUAUUUCCAGUACAAAGUGAAGGAAGAAUGAGAUGGUAUUUAGAAGGUAUUAUUAGUUGGGGAGCUUCAGAAGGAUGUGCAACACCAAAUAGAAUAAAGAACUGUUCCAUUAUUUUUAAAGGUAUUUUUGCAUUGAAUUUGUUGUUGAAAGUAUUUCCUCAAAUUUCACAGAUUGGUAAGUGUCGAAAAGUUAUAUAUACCUGUAAUUGUGGGAAUCCAGGAUAUUUUAUUCAAGCUGAAUUUGCUCGAUGCCAAUAUCCAAUCUCACGGGAACAUGCAUGUUCGAGAUUUCAGUUUUGUUCAGAGUGUGAUCCAGUUAACAGAUCGUGUAUUAUUUGUCCACCAAAUCGUUAUGGACGACUUUGUACAGGAACCUGUAACUGUAAAGAAGGAGAAAAAUGUAAUAGAGAUACUGGGGAGUGCAUUUGCAGAUCUUGUAAUACAAGUACAGAAGUGUCAAUAUUUAAUGAGAAAGUUUGUCCUCGAGAUGAUUCUGAAUUUUCUCAUGGUAGAAUACAAUACACAAUCUCUAGUACAACAAGUUUUUCUAAAAACGGUUACCCACCAAAUUCUAUAAUUCAUUAUUCUUGCAAUCAGUUCUAUAAGCUACAUGGAGUUUCUCAAAGAUUGUGUAUGGAAAAUGGUGAAUGGAGUGGAAUUCGACCAAGAUGCAAACCAGAAUGUGGUAUUUCACCUAAAAAAGUAUCAUUAAUUAUAAAUGGUGAAAAUACAAAGUUAGGAGAUUGGCCUUGGCAUGUUGCAAUUACCGAUCGUAGAUUUUUUAUAUUUUGCGGAGGAUCAUUAAUUUCAGAAGAAUGGGUUUUAACAGCAGCGCAUUGUUUGGUAGAGUCCAAUUCCGCACACCCACAACACAGAUCUUAUUUUAAAAUACUCUUUGGUAGACUUCAUCGUAAUGUUAAUAAUAACGAAGCUGAAGAAAGAGACGUUGAAAGAUUAAUAAUUCAUCCUGACUAUCAAUGGUUAACACAAGAUGCUGAUAUCGCUCUUAUUCAAGUUAAGCCCUUGACAUUAACUAAAUACAUUCGACCUGUUUGUUUGACCACAUCUGCUAUUAGUGAUCAUAAUAUUCAGCCUGGAAUAAAAGGAGUAGUUUCUGGUUGGGGCAGAGAUGAAACAGGGAGACCUUCAAAUGUCCUUAAACAAACAAAUUUAACUGUGAUAUCUAACCAUAUUUGUAAUUUAAAGAAUCACAUAAUUAUAACAAGAAAUAUGUUUUGUGCUGGUGUCACAGAUGGUGAGCGUUUAAGAGAUACAUGUCGCGGCGAUAGUGGUGGACCAAUGGUGUUUCAGUACGAAACUGAUGGAAUAAUUCGAUGGUUUCUGGAAGGUAUUGUAAGUUGGGGCACUAGCACGGGAUGUGCAACACCCAAUAAAUUUAGUGGUUUUACAAAAGUCUCAAACUUUAUAGUUUGGAUUAAUUUAUAUGCGUCAUUAUAAAUAUUUAUAGGAAUGUAUUUAGGAAAUGUGAAAUACUCAAAACAAAACAAAUGAAAUUCAAGAAAUUUUUAUAUUUUCGAUUAAAUAUUUGAGAUUUUAUAACUAUUUUUGAGAAUGUACUAGCAUGAAAUUUUUGUGAAGCAAUCUUCAAUGAUAUAAAGUACUGUAUAUAGUAAAAGUUCAUUAUAAAUUCUAUCAAAAUUCAAAUUUAUUAAUUAAUGAAUUCGCUAUGACAGUUUGCUGAAA